UACUUGGAACGAUGAAUGUAAUUUUGUACGUUUCCAUGACUACAAUCCCUCAUGCAAACAGGUAGUAGUCAUGUCUACCAAUUUCAGCUGUAACCAGUUUGAAAGUGCUUACAAGUCCAAUAGACUCCAAAACUAUGAAAUACCCCGCCAGUUCAAGGAGUAUCCAUCUCGUCGCAGGGGACACACUCAAUUCAUAGCUAAUGAUAAAGGUCAUGUCUUAUCAGAGAAGUGGCGCUCGUCAGUUAGUCCUUGGGGUCAUUUUGUUGGUACGUGGCAGGCACCUCGCAAACCGAUCAAACUCCAGGUCAAGACGAAAUUCAUGUCACAGCAAAUGAGAGAGAAAUCCAGACCUUCAACAGCUCCGGCAUCCGUUGCACAGCAGGAAGGCAGCAAAUCUCCCUCAACUAGUCAACCAGAAGAUUUGGAAAAGACAAAACAGAUUCCUGGUACCGAAGAGCAGUUGUCCCCUGGGGGCUCAAAAAAGGAUGCACUACCCAGUGAACAGUCUUUACCAUGCACUCCUGGAGAAGAUGGAAGAAGAAGCAAUUCAGCAAUGUCAGAGAGACCAACUGCACCAACUCCAAGCUACAUCUCUGGAUCUAGGAAGAGCCAAAGGCUGUCAUCAGCAUCACCAAUUGAAAAAGGAUCCAUUGUCUCUUCUCGCAUGCAGUCAGCUCCUUCUUCCAGGCAACAGUCAUCACUGGGGAAAAAGGAAGGAGGAGGAAGCCCUCAGCCAAAUGAGUCCAUAGUCACUUCAACUUCACCAGAUGAGCACAGACCUCAUUCAAGACAGGUCUCAAGGGAAAGCUCAGGAAUAGGCACAUCUAAUGGGACAAGAAUCUAUACUCCUCCUACAACAGUAGGAGGAGUAGGGAAAGGUGGAAGAGAGAGCUCUCUACGCUCCAGUACUGCAGCUGAGAGCUGCACCACUGCUAGAUCUAAUAGGAAGGAUGUAGGAAUACAAUGUCCGUCUAACAAUAUAUGACCAUUAGUUAGAGUUUCCAACAAGUACUCUCAUGCAUUACACACACCUUUCUUUUUAUAAAGAUUUUCCAUACAUUUUGUGUAAACAGCAAAAA